AUGGCCAGAGUUUGAGAGGGGAACCUGUGUUGUGGUGUACUUUCUUGAAUGAUUUCUAAUGAAAUUUUCGUGUGUUCUGGAUUUUCUAACUCGUCAUGUAGUGUACGCAAACACAAUGGAAUUACUGCCCUCCACACGUGCUCGUUUGAAAUACCCCAGACCUGGAUAGCGAGAGCGAAGUAUCCGGCUCCAUCUUCUAACUUGUGUGUGGCGGUUUGUUGUUUUUUUUUUUCUUCAUGUGCUCGCCUAUGGUGAAUGAAUGUGAUUGUGAGAAUACUUCAGCCCUGAUGAAAAUCGGGGGGCCCUGAGGCUAGAAGUAUGUCCCACCGCUCUAGAAGGACUGACCCUUCCAAGACCGACCCCGAACUACUGACCAGAACGAGUUGGAUUAACGCCGAGUUAGCCUAUCGACAGGUUAAAAGGGGUCGUGCGGAUGGGAACACAUGUGCUCUCUGGCUGAGACUACACAUACAAAAAUAUCUGUACAGUAUCGGCUGCAUAUUGCAGCUCCACUGCGGGAAAGUGACGUUCUUGGGAUUAUUAUUGUUGUCUCUGUGCUGUGUUGGAUUAAAAACUGGACACCUCGAGACCAACGUGGACGAGCUCUGGGUCGAGGAGGGGGGUCGGCUGGAGAAAGAGUUGUCCUACGUUAAAGAUACCAUCGGAGUGGGCAGCGGCACCAGCUUUGAGCUCAUCAUCCAGACGCCGAAGAAAGGGAUCAGUCUGCUCAAUAUCGAUUCCGUCAUGCUUCAUUAUCAGGCCGUGUUGGCGGCCACCAAAAUCAAAGUCGACAUUGAUGGAAUAACCUGGGGAUUCCGUGAAAUUUGUUAUGCUGUAGAUUUUCCCACGUCGGAGUCAUUCCUGGAACAUAUGCUGAAUGACAUAUUACCUUGUGUAAUCAUUACACCCAUCGACUGCUUCUGGGAAGGUUCCAGACUGUUAGGACCAGACGUCCCCGUCAUGACUGGUGGAAUAGCCGAUAUGCCCACGUACAUCACGUGGGAGAACCUGGACCCACAAGGCAUCUUGAAGAAACUGGAGCGCAUGCAGAACCGCAUCCCAGUCAACGCUAUGAAGGAUGUCUUCCAAAGAGCUGGCAUCACCACGGCUUAUCAAGAGAAACCCUGCCUAAAUCCAAAAGACCCCGACUGUCCCAAAACUGCUGUCAACUACAACUCCACCGUUCCAGAUCUAGGUACCGAGUUCACCAAGGGAUGUACCGGUUUUGCCACUAAGUACAUGCAGUGGGAGCAUGACCUCAUUUUUGGGGGUGUCAAGCGGAACAAGACUGGUCACAUAGUCAGAGUUGAGGCCCUGCAGUCCAUUGUCCAACUGAUGGCCGAGAAGGACCUCUACAAGUACUACGAGGAUCACAUCAAGGUCUCUGGCAUAGACUGGACCCAGACCAAGGCCAAGGCUGUGUUGGAAGCUUUCCAGAGGAAGUUCUCCCAGGUUGUCAACAACUACGGCAAUGACUCCAACAAAGACAACCUGUACGGCUUCUCAUACACCUCUCUGAUGGACAUGAUGAAAGAUUUCUCCAGCAUCAGCGUGACAAGAGUUGUCCUAGGCUAUGUCCUAAUGUUUGUGUACGCCUGUGUCUCACUGCUGCGCUGGAACGAUGCUGUCAACUCCCAGAGUGGCAUUGGCAUGGCUGGUGUCAUUCUCGUGUCACUGUCAGUGGCAGCUGGCUUGGGGUUUUGUUCUGUCAUUGGCAUCAACUUUAACGCAUCCACCACUCAGAUCAUUCCAUUUCUGGCACUGGGUCUUGGCGUAGACGAUAUGUUCCUGAUAGCCCACACCUUCUUUGAGAACGGGGACCAUGUACCUUAUCAUGAGCUGACAGGCGAGGUCCUAAAGAGGGCAGGGGUGACCGUGUUGCUGACAUCCAUUAGUAACAUGAUGGCUUUUUUUACGGCGGCCAUCAUCCCUAUACCAGCUCUAAGGGCGUUCACUCUGCAGGCAGCCAUUUUAGUUUUAUUUAACCUGGGGUCAGUAUUGCUUGUGUAUCCCGCCAUCAUCAGCCUGGACCUGGUUAGAAGAGAGGACAAGAGAAUCGAUGUCUUGUGCUGCUUUCAGAGCUCUGCUGGGUCGAAUGAUGUGAUAGAACUACAACCCCACCUGCACGCCACUUGUGAGGAGCAGGAACCUAGAAGUCUGCGCAGAGAGCUGACAGAUCUUCAGCGGGAGCCCAGUCCACCCCCACCCUACUCCGCUCAAUCUGGGACCCUGCCGCCAUGCUAUGACACCGUGACAAGAUCCACUAAUGAUGGAGCUGUGACGACAUUAGCCCCCACUGAUGGUGUCUUCACCAGAAGGCAGGACUCGUCUCUUGGCUCCAACUGCCCAUCCACGACAUCUUCCAGGCAGUGCCUGACGCCAGAGAACUCUACCACCUGCAAGGACAGGUGUGUGAAGGCACAGCGUGAAUGCCUGACCUGGACAUUGACGUGUCUGGCUUCCAAGGUCUACGCACCUUUUCUACAGCGGACAUUUGUCAAGGUGACAGUGGUAGCAUCGUUUUUAGUGUUUCUCAUUCUUGGGGCGUGGGGCACGGCCCAGGUGAAGGAUGGCCUUGACCUCACUGAUCUAGUCCCCAGGGAGACGUCGGAAUUUCAGUUUCUGGAGGCCCAGUCCAAAUAUUUUGGGUUUUACAGUAUUAAUGCAGUUACUAAGAACAACUUUGAUUACGCCAACAACCAACCUUUGUUACACAAAUACCACGAGGCCUUUCAAAAAGUCAAAAAAAUCAUCAAGAGAGAGGACGGUUCUUUGCCCCCCUUUUGGCUUGAUCUGUUCAAACAGUGGUUGGCAGAACUACAAAGAGCUUUUGAUCUGGAUUUAAGUAAGAACCUCAUCUCCACCAAUGGCUGGAAGGAGGGUGCCACAGAGGAGGCCAUCUUGGCCUAUAAACUUUUAAUGCAGACUGGUGAUGGAGACAACCCCACCAACAGAGAUCAGGUGACGAAGAUUCGACUGAUUGAUGACAAUGGUGUCAUCAACCCUCCAGCAUUUUAUAAUUAUUUAACAGCCUGGGUCACCAAUGACGCCAUGGCCUACGCCUCCUCAAUGGCAAAUUUCCACCCGAUGCCAAAGGACUGGUUUCAUGAUCCAAAUGAUCAUAAUUUUGACAUCCCAAAAUCACAGCAUUUGGUCUACACACAAAUACCAUUUUACCUCACGAACCUGUCAUCAACAGAAGAAGUUAUAGAAGUUAUAACAGAAAUUCGAGGAAUCUGUGAUGAGUUCUCUGGGAAGGGCCUCCCAAAUUUUCCACUAGGCGUCCCUUUCACGUUUUACGAGCAGUACAUCAAUCUGCGCUUCUACCUCAUGUUAUCCAUAAUUUGUGUGUUGGUUGUUACUUUUCUAGUACUCACUGUGGUGCUAAUGAACCCGUGGAUUGCUUUCAUUGUAGUAUUUGUGUUAAGUAUGAUGAUCGUGGAGUUGUUUGGUUUUAUGGGUUUGAUCGGCAUCAAGCUCAGUGCCGUGCCUGCUGUGAUUCUUAUUGUGUCUGUUGGGAUAGGCGUGGAGUUUACACUUCAUCUCUCUGUGGGUUUUAUCACAGCCAUUGGGUCCAGAGACAAGAGGAUGUCAAUGGCUCUGGAGCACACCUUUGCUCCUGUUGUGCACGGAGCAAUUUCUACUUUUCUGGGCAUUCUCAUGUUGGUGGGCACUGAGUUUGACUUUAUUGUCAAAUAUUUUUUCAACGUUUUGGGCGCCUUAGUUGUGAUUGGUCUUUUUAAUGGGCUGAUGUUGUUGCCAGUGUUACUUAGUAUUUUUGGUCCAAAAGGCGAGGUAAUUCCAAAAGACAAUGCAGACUGCCUAGCAACACCCACCCCUGAGCCUUCACCAAAACUCAACCAGAGAGGCUCUUCCUCUGGUCGUUCACACCGGGGCUCAAGGAGGGUGUAUCCACGAGUAAACUCGGAUAUAUCUUUAUCCACCAUAUCAGAAGAGCCCACCCAAUACUCUUCUCAUGAGAUAAUUGUCCAGCCAGAGGUGGUUGUUGAGACAACGACACUACCUGGCACGUGUCACGACAGUUCCCACCACAUGCAGCAGCACCCACAGACCCACAGGUCAUCCAGCAAUAAUGGACACGGUGGAGUAGUUGCUUCUACCUCAUCUGUACAUAAUAACAGACACAAUUCAAGUCCGCCAGAUUCUCCGCCUCCCCCUCCCCCAGCUCAUAUUACUAGAGUUAAGGCUACUGCCACUGUAAAAGUUGAAGUCCAUACCCCAAUUCCAGGUUCUGUGAACCAAGAACACACAUACAAAAGCAAGAGACGGAAGAACAGAGAUGUCGUUGAUAGUUCCAGUAGUUGCAGCUCCGACUCAGAUGCUGGAUGGCGAAGAUGCAAUCAAGAAAAAGACAACAAUCUGGGUUGUGAGCGGCAUCAUUGCUAUAACCAAAAUAUCUGUAGCAAUCAGCUGCCCCCUCCCACCCCAACACCACAGCAGCAGCAGCAGAGGCGCAGCGGCAGAAGUGGUGCUUGGAACGGCAAUGUUACUGUGAUCAACUCUAGUGGUAGAAGUCGAAGGAGCAGGCAUAGAAGAGAGGAGGAAGAAGAUAUGGAAAGCUCAGACUUGGACAAUAGUAAUGUUUGAUUGCAUUCUGGGAAC